AUGAAUCCAAAACCCAGCUCGAAAUUCUCAAUCUCCACCUUCAUUCUCCUCUUACUCCUCAGUUUCUUAAUCGUCGCUGCUUACUCAUCAACCGACGCAAAUGUCGAAGCUAACGAAGUCGGAUCCGACGAAGAAUCGGACGAUCUGGAGCAGCUCCUAGCAGUAGACGAGCAAUUACAAGAAGAUCGUCCCGAGCAUCAACAAUCGGAAGCCGAAUCAGUGAGCAAGGCCCAGAGAAUCGUGCUGGAACUCAGCGGCGACAACACGAAGCGAGUGAUCGACGGGAACGAGUUCGUGAUGGUUCUGGGUUACGCGCCUUGGUGCGCGAGAAGCGCGGAUCUGAUGCCGAGGUUUUCGGAGGCUGCGACGGCUUUGAAAGAGAUCGGUAGCCCGAUUCUGAUGGCUAAGAUCGACGGCGAUAGGUACUCGAAGAUCGCGUCGGAGCUCGAAAUCAAAGGCUUCCCUACGCUUCUUCUCUUCGUUAACGGCACUUCUCAGCCUUUCACCGGUGGAUUUUCUGCAGAGGAUAUAGUAAUCUGGGUGCAAAAGAAGACUGGUGCACCGAUCGUUACAGUUAAUACAGUUGAUGAAGCUCAGAGAUUUCUGAAAAAGUAUCAUACUUUCGUUGUUGGUCUAUUCGAAAAGUUUGAGGGUUAUGAACAUGAGGAGUUCGUUAAAGCUGCAAAAUCAGACGACGAAAUCCAGUUUGUGGAAACAAGCAACAAAGAUGUUGCGAAACUUCUGUUUCCUGACCUUAAAACCAUUGGCCUUGUUAAAACUGAGGCUGAAAGGUACACUGUAUAUGACGGAUCUUACAAAAUGGAGAAUAUAUUGGAGUUUCUAGGCAGCAACAAGUUUCCGUUGAUAACAAAGUUAACUGAAAGCAAUACUGUUUGGGUUUACUCCAGUCCUGUUAAGCUUCAGGUUAUGAUCUUCGCCAAGGCUGAUGACUUUGAGAAUCUGGCUCAGCCUCUUGAAGAUUUAGCAAGAAAGUUUAAAUCAAAGCUUAUGUUUAUAUAUGUGGAUAUUACAAAUGAGAACCUUGCAAUGCCAUUCUUGACAUUAUUCGGAAUAGAAGCUUCGAAUAAAACUAUUGUUGCUGCUUUUGAUAACAACCUGAACUCCAAGUAUUUGCUUGAAUCAGAUCCAUCACCAAGCAAUAUACAAGAUUUUUGUUCAGGACUUGCGGAUGGAACCGUUUCGCGUUACUAUAGGUCAGAGCCAGUUCCAGACAAUGAAAACGCAAGCGUAGUGACUGUGGUGGGAAAGACUCUAGAUGAGUUGGUUUUGAACAGCCGCGAGAAUGUGCUUCUCGAGGUACAUACACCGUGGUGUGUGAACUGCGAAGCAAUAAGCAAACAAGUCGAGAAGUUGGCUAAGCAUUUCAAAGGCUUUGAGAAUCUUGUUUUUGCAAGAAUCGAUGCUUCUGCGAAUGAGCAUGCUAAACUACAGGUUGAUGAUUUUCCGACGAUCCUGCUUUACAAAGCUGGUGAAAAGGAGAAACCGUUAAAGCUAUCAGCUAAAAAGAGCGCCAAGGAGAUGGCUGUUUUCAUCAACGAAGAGUUGAAACCAAAGAAUGGUUCAGCUAAAGAUGAGUUGUAG